AUGAGUGAGAAUGGGAAAUUGAUGCCGAAUCUGGACCAAGAGAGCACCAAACUUCUAAACUUGACAGUUCUUCAGCGCAUGGAUCCCUUUGUCGAAGAGAUUCUCAUCACUGCUGCUCAUGUCACCUUCUAUGAAUUCAACAUUGACCUCACCCAAUGGAGUCGCAAGGAUGUUGAAGGAUCUCUAUUUGUCGUUAAGAGGAAUACUCAACCUCGGUUCCAGUUUAUUGUAAUGAACCGGCGAAAUACAGAUAAUUUGGUAGAGAAUCUCUUGGGAGAUUUUGAGUAUGAAGUCCAAGGUCCAUAUUUGUUAUAUCGGAAUGCAGCCCAAGAAGUAAAUGGUAUAUGGUUUUACAAUCGACGGGAAUGUGAGGAGGUUGCUAAUCUCUUUAGCAGGAUACUAAAUGCAUACUCAAAGGUGCCUCCAAAAUCCAAGGUAUCUUCAGUGAAAAGUGAGUUUGAAGAAUUGGAAGCAGUCCCGACUAUGGCAGUAAUGGAUGGUCCUCUAGAGCCACCUUUGUCAACUGCAUCCAACAUCACAGAUGUUUCUGAUGACCCACCCUUCGUGAAUUUCUUCAAUGCGGCCAUGACUAUUGGGAAUGAUCCAAAUGUUGCAAGGACCGGACAACCUUACCAGUGUUCUGCAGUGAUUCCUCCUCCUCGCCCACCCAUUGUUCCUCUGCCCGUACCAACCAUUCAGGGACCGCCAUCUCCUAUGUUAACAUCCACUUCUUUAAUUUCCCACCUCAAUACCCCUGAAAGUAGCAACAAUAGCAAUCAAGCCACAAAUCUUGUAAAGCCAUCAUCAUUUUUCAGUCCUUCCUCUUCUGCGCUGAUAAUGCCAGCCAUCUCUUCAUCUAUGCCAAAUGCUCCUCUGUUUAAUCAUUCUGGGACUCUGCAACGCCCAUAUGGUGCUCCAUUGCUUCAACCAUUUCCCCCACCCACUCCCCCGCCAUCUCUUACUCCAACUUAUAUUUCCACUCCAAAUCAUGGGCCUGUUAUUAGCAGAGAAAAAGUCCGCGAUGCCCUUCUGAUUCUUGUUCAGGACAAUCAAUUCAUUGACGUGGUUUACCGGGCUCUGCUGAACUCACAUUACUCCUGAGAGAUUUGAAGAAUCCGAAUCCAUUUAUUUGGUUGAUUUCUCUUCGACCCCAUCCAGAAAAGAAGCAAGGGGAUGUGAUUUUCUCACUAUUUGUGUAGUUUUACAUCCCACUUUACUUAAUACCCAUUAAUUUUGUAUAGCUUUUUAUCUUCAUAGGCUUAGAUGAUGGGAAUACCAUACUUUUUAAUAUAUAUAAUUGUAUGGCUUCAUUUAA